AAAUGUUGGCAGCCUAUUUUGAUUGCCCAGGAGGCCCAGAAAAUCUCUGUGUAAAAGAAGUGAUAAAACCAGAGCCAGGAGAAGGAGAAGUUCUUGUGAAGGUCUCUGCCAGUGCCCUGAAUAGGGCCGAUUUACUCCAGAGGAGAGGGAAGUACCCUCCCCCCAAAGGAGCAAGUCCUAUUUUAGGCUUGGAAGCAGCUGGGAGCGUGGCUGGGCUCGGACCUGGCUGCAGGGGGCGGUGGAAGGCUGGCGAUGCAGUGAUGGCUCUGCUCUCCGGAGGUGGCCAGGCGGAAUAUGUGACAGUCCCCGAAGGCCACCUGAUGGCAAUUCCCAGUGAUAUGACAUUCACUGAGGCUGCAGCCAUUCCCGAAGCCUGGCUAACAGCCUUCCAGCUGCUGCAUUUUGUAGGUAAAGUGCAGAAGGGUGAGAAAGUGUUGAUCCAUGCAGGAGCUAGUGGAGUUGGUCUGGCAGCCAUUCAGCUGGUGAGACUGGCCCAGGCUGUCCCCAUGGUGACAGCAGGAACCCAAGAGAAGCUGAGAGCAGCAGGAAAGGCUGGAGCAGCUGUGGGCUUCAACUACAGGCAUGAAGAUUUCAGUGAAGAGGUCCUGGCAUUCACCCAAGGUUCUGGAGCAGAUAUUAUUUUAGAUUGUGUUGGUAGCUCAUACUGGGAGAAGAAUCUCAACUGCCUGAGCACUGAUGGCAGGUGGAUUAUUUAUGGCCUGCUGAGUGGAGGUGAAGUACAUGGAGAUCUGCUGGCAAGGCUGCUUUCCAAGAGAGGGAGCAUCCACACAAGUCUGCUACGGUCAAGAGACAAGGAGUACAAGGAACGACUGGUGAAAGCCUUCACAGAGGAUGUGCUGCCGUAUUUUUCUGGAGGAACCUCCCCUCGUCUCCAGCCACUGGUUGGCAGUGUCUUCCCUCUGCACCUGAUUGCCCAAGCACACAGGUUAAUGGAAGAAAACAAGAAUAUCGGCAAGAUUGUCAUUGAAAUGCCUGAUUCAUCUUAA